AUGGAGUUGGUGGAGUGUUAUCGGACGAUUUUGGCUGUCCAAUUAUCGAGCAACAGGGACAAGUGGAGCUGGAAUAUGGGACCGAUUCAGGAGUAUUCUGUUAAGGAGGCUAGAGCUUGGUUGAAAGGGCCGGUGGGGUCUAAGAUCGAGCAACGGUUUUAUUGGUGUAAGUGGCUUCCUAAUAAAGUUAACCUUUUUAUGUGGCGGGCUAAUAUCGAUGGAAUUCCUACUAUGAUCGCGCUUAGACGAAGGAACAUGACGAUUGGGGAUGGUUUAUGUGUCUUAUGUGGAGACGCGGAUGAGACUACGGAUCAUGUUUUCACGGCUUGUAGUUUGGCUUGUGGGGUGUGGUGUGGUAUAACGUCGUGGUGUAAAGUUCCUCCGGUUUUUUGGUUCUCGAUUUCAGAUAUCCAGAAGUGGCUUGACCAGGAUAUAAUAGGUGAAAAGAAGAAGGAUAUUGUGUAUGGGUUGUUCGUGUUGACGUGUUGGAGAUUGUGGAAGGCCCGUAAUGAUAAAAUUUUUCGGCAAGUAGAUGUGAAUGUCGCUCAGAUUGUGUCUGAUAUUAAAGCUUUGGGUUUUCUGUGGUUUACGAAUAGGUCUAAGGUUGGUAGCGUGAGUUGGAGAUCUUGGUGUAAUUUUAACGUUGAUAUGAUGUAG